AUGAGUGAUCCACCACACUACUCAAAUCCCUACACUAACUGGUUCAAACCCAACAAUCUCCACCAUUUUUCCACCACUUCAUCAAAUCCUCCAAACACACAACAAAACCUCCACUCAAAAACCAUCAUCAUCAACCAAACAAACAACAACAUAAUCAAUUAUUACAGCCAUCAUCAUCAUCAUCAUCAUCAUCAUCAAACCCCACCUUCAUCACCUCCAUUAAAGGAAGCCCUCCCCCUUCUGAAACUAACCCCCUCAACACCAAACCAUGAUAUUGAAGAUCAACCCAAAAACCAGCCAAAGAUUCAAUCUUUUUCACAAACCCACAUGGAUAAUAAUAUUAUUGGAGAUGAUAAUAAUGGUGUCACAGUUGCUCUUCAUAUAGGGUUACCAAACCCUAGCCCUGCUGACCUGGAAUCCUUGAUGUCCUCUUCUUACAACAAUCAUGAGAAUAAUGGAGACAAUAAAGAUGAAGAGGAAGAUGGUGAUAAUUUGUUGUCUGUGAUGAAUAGGCUCAACAAGGGACAGUAUUGGAUUCCUACACCUUCUCAGAUUCUCAUUGGCCCAACACAAUUUUCUUGUCCUGUUUGCUUCAAGACUUUCAACAGAUACAAUAACAUGCAGAUGCACAUGUGGGGCCACGGCUCGCAAUACAGGCGUGGGCCCGAGUCCUUACGAGGCGCUCAACCAACCGGCAUGCUUCGACUCCCGUGCUACUGCUGUGCCCUCGGGUGCCGCAACAACAUCGAUCACCCGAGGGCAAAGCCGUUGAAAGACUUUCGAACCCUACAAACGCACUACAAACGGAAGCACGGGAUAAAGCCCUUUGCUUGCCGCAAGUGCGGAAAAGCGUUUGCGGUUAGAGGCGAUUGGAGGACGCACGAGAAGAAUUGCGGAAAGCUUUGGUACUGCAUUUGCGGCUCGGAUUUCAAGCACAAACGGUCGCUCAAGGAUCACGUGCGGGCCUUCGGGCAAGGGCACGGGGAUUGCGGUGGGCCCGCGGGUGAUGAGGAGGACGAGCCCGCGUCAGAAGUCGAGCAAGACGAUGAUCGAUGAUUUUGUGAUUUUUUGUGUGUGUUUGUGUGUGUUUGGUUGGGGAAUAAGAAUGUGAAGGUGUGGUAUUAUAUAGGUGUGUGUUGAGGUAAUUAGGGGUUUAUGUUGUUAUUCUUGUUUUUUUUUUUCUAAGUAUUUGUAGUUUAGGGAGUGUGUUAGCAUAUAUUGUCUCUUAAAAGAAGUGAUGAGGUUAUGAAACAUUUCUUUUAGAGUUUGCAAUAUGUAUUGCUUAACUUAGUUCAUUAUUAUAUAUAAGGACAUGAUUUUGG